AUGAGUGUCUCUGCUCUGAGUCCCACCAGACUCCCAGGCAGCAUCUCUGGUUUCCUGCAAGUGGUCUCUGUGCUCAGCCUGCUUCUGCUGCUCUUCAAGGUGAUCCAGUUCUAUGUUCACAGGCAAUGGCUACUCAGAGCUACCCAGCAGUUCCCAUCCCCACCUGCCAACUGGUUCUUUGGGCACAAGCUGGGCUUCUUGGUGGACCAGGAUCUUCAAGAGAUUCUAACACGGGUAAAGAAUUUCCCAAGUGCCUGCCCACGGUGGUUCUGGGGGUCCAAAAUGCGCUUACAGGUGUACGACCCUGACUACAUGAAGGUGAUUCUGGGGAGAUCAGACCCCAAAAGUCAUGGUUCCUACAGAUUUCUAGCUCCUUGGAUUGGGUAUGGUUUGCUUUUGUUGAAUGGAGAAACAUGGUUCCAGCACCGACGAAUGUUGACCCCAGCUUUCCACUAUGAUAUCCUGAAACCUUAUGUGAGGAUCAUGGCAGAUUCUGUUCAUGUAAUGCUGGAUAAAUGGGAACAGAUUGUUGGCCAGGAUUCCACCCUGGAGAUCUUCCAACACAUCUCCUUGAUGACCUUGGACACCAUCAUGAAGUGUGCCUUCAGUCAUGAGGGCAGUGUCCAGUUGGAUGGAAAAUACCAGCCCUACAUCCAAGCAGUUGGGGACCUGAACAAUCUCUUUUUUUUCCGUGUGAGGAACAUCUUUCACCAGAAUGACACCAUCUACAGUCUGUCUUCUAAUGGCCGCCAGGCUAUCAGUGCCUACCGACUUGCCCAUGAUCAUACAGAUCAAGUGAUCAAAUCAAGGAAGGCUCAGCUUCAAGAUGAGGGAGAGCUGGAAAAGGUUAAGAAGAAAAGGCGACUGGAUUUUCUGGACAUCCUCCUGUUUGCCAGAAUGGAAAAUGGAAGCAGCUUAUCUGAUAAGGACCUGCGUGCUGAAGUGGACACGUUCAUGUUUGAAGGCCAUGACACCACAGCCAGUGGUAUCUCGUGGAUCCUCUAUGCUCUGGCCUCACACCCUGAACACCAGCAGAGAUGCAGGGAUGAGGUGCAGAGUCUUCUAGGAGGUGGAGCUUCUAUCACCUGGGAUCACCUUGACCAAAUGCCCUACACCACCAUGUGCAUCAAGGAGGCCCUGAGGCUCUACCCACCUGUACCAGGUGUUGGCAGAGAUCUCAGCACACCUGUCACCUUCCCAGAUGGACGCUCUUUGCCCAAAGGUAUCUCAGUCUUGCUCUCCUUGUAUGGCCUUCAUCACAACCCAACUGUCUGGCCAAACCCAGAGGUGUUUGACCCCUCUCGAUUUGCACCAGAUUCUUCUCGACACAGUCAUUCAUUCCUCCCCUUCUCAGGUGGAGCAAGGAACUGCAUUGGGAAACAGUUUGCCAUGAAUGAGCUGAAGGUGGCUGUGGCCCUGACCCUGCUCCGCUUUGAGCUGCUGCCAGAUCCCACCAGGAUCCCGGUCCCCACACCGAGAAUUGUGCUGAAGUCCAAGAAUGGGAUUCAUCUAUGUCUCAAAAAGCUCCAAUAA